CAAUGAGGUGUGUUACUGAUCAAGUCUGUAAAGCGCACUAUUCAAAACAAAUGGACAGUACAUCUAAUGCUUUGCAUAAAUCUUCACCUAGCGCUACUUUAGACAUUCCUGCUGUAUUAGAUCAACAAUUAGCGGCUUUGACUCAUCACAAACGACAGUUAGAAAAGAAGGCAAUUUGUUUGUCACAACAGAAUCCACGCGAAAAACUUAUAUCAGAGGCUAUAAAUUUUGCAAAAUCUUCGUCAUAUACGCAGGAAACUGAAGAUUGCAUAUCUAACAUAAUUUAUUCGAAACCUCAUAUAUUUUCAUCGCACGUUGAUUCAACAGCAGUUGAUGCAAACGUAUCUGAAUCACCGAGUGAUACUGAAAGUGUUCUAAAUGAUUUAAGACAAACAAACCCUAGAAAGUAUUUUAAUCAAAAACCUGAUGCAAAUCUUAUCAAAACCCAAGAUAAUGAUGACAUAAUUCAUAUGCGAAGUAAGAUGUCUUCUAAAUUAUUUUGUGAAGAAACAAAAAAAGACAGUGUAGUGGAUGUACCACAAUCACAUGAACUUUCCAUCGACGUAAUUGAGGGUACCUUGGAGUGUUCAAACCACCAGCCGGAGGAAAUACUGCCACCUCCUAGUCCUGUUAGUUCAUCUUAUAGUGAAUUAAGGAAAGCAACGACUGUGUUUAAAAAAACCUUUCAUCCUUGCUAUGUAAAAAACCAUGAAUCAAAAGUUAAUUGUAAUGAUUCCAACAUUCACGAUCUUUGUGGACCAUAUAUGAAUGUUACUUGCAGCAAUGACUUCAAUUCAUAUUGUACAACAUUACAGACUGACUAUAAUAGUAGCAUCGAUAUUUACAAUAAUGGAAGUUCCUCACAGUUAUUUGAAUUUUGGCCAGAAAAUGUGGUCCUAGGAACCAUUGUGCAUCGUAAAGGAGGCUCGUACAACAAGAAGCAUUGGAAAUCAGAGCUGAAUUGUAAACAGCAGCAGCUCCAAUAUCAUCAGAAGCAGCAAAUAUCAAUUGGUUCUACAACUUAUGAAUCAAUAUAUGAGCCAAUAAUUCCUCGUCCUGCUAGUCGAUUGUCAUCCCAUUCCAACAACUUGAAUUAUGUACAAUAUGUCAACGGUACACAAUUGAAUGCAAGUGAAUGCGCAGGAAACUUAUCAAUUUUUGGAUCAAUUAGUUCUAGUGGACUUAGCACGCCAUCUUAUCCAAGUCCAAGAAAUAAUUCAUUGCAAAACAAAGAGAUAGAAGCUAAUGUGCUUACUGAAUUUUUGGUACAAUCUCUUGAUACUGGGGCUGGUGAUGAAAACUAUGGAACGUGUUUCAAGUGCAAUGGACGCGUAAUAGGAGAGAACUCUGGUUGUACGGCUAUGGAGCAAAUUUUCCACACCGCGUGUUUUACGUGCGCACAAUGUACGGUGAAUCUGCAGGGUAAACCAUUUUAUGCCUUGGAUGGAAAACCGCUUUGUAAAUAUGACUACUUACAAACAUUAGAGAAAUGUUCAGUAUGUAUGAAACCGAUAAUGGAACGUAUACUUCGUGCCACUGGCAAACCCUAUCAUCCUCAAUGCUUUACGUGCAUAAUUUGUGGAAAUAACCUUGAUGGGAUACCAUUUACUGUAGAUGCAACGAAUCAAAAUUACUGCAUAGCCGACUUUCACAAAAUAUUCGCCCCACGUUGUUGUGUAUGCAUGGAACCAAUUAUGCCCAAACCCGGUGAAGAAGAAACUGUUCGUGUAGUGGCUUUGGAUCGCAGUUUUCAUUUUGAGUGCUAUAAAUGUGAAGAUUGUGGUUUACUAUUAUCUUCUGAAGCAGAAGGUCGAGGUUGCUACCCUUUAGAUCAGCAUGUACUAUGUAAAAGUUGUAAUGCAAAACGAAUACAAAUGUUAACACAGAGGAUAUAAACUGAAUAACAUAUAAACUGAAUAUAAUCCAUUUUAUUAUGUUGACAUAUUAAUCUAUGAAUUUAAUAAAUAACAAUACAUCAUUUUGCUAUACUACACUGAGAAAAAAAAAAUGCGCUUUAAAAUUAAA